GUGUGUGUGUGGGCAAUUUAAACAGAUUCAUAUCCGCCCGGGCUGUGACCGGCAUCGUUCAACUUGAGAAAGUGUAUUAGCCCCAACACGCUAGCCUCGUUUUCUUUUUCUUUUUUCUUUCCAACUUUUUUACUGGUCCACAUCUUGAAAAAAAAGCAUGCCAAAAAUAAGAACACAACGCACCAAACGACCGCCAGAAGGUUUCGAUGACAUUGAACCAACGCUGGAAGAAUUUGCCAGAAAGAUGAAAGAGAUUGAGAAUGAACCCCAUGAAGGCAAACGGAUAGUAGAAAGCGCUUGGCCAGUAUUUCGCAUUCAUCACCAACGAUCACGGUACAUUUUCGACUUGUACUAUAAACGUAAAGCCAUUUCGCGCGAAUUGUAUGAUUACUUGUUGAAAAACAAAUAUGCAGACGCCAAUCUUAUUGCAAAAUGGAAAAAGCCUGGAUUCGAGAAACUGUGUUGUCUUCGUUGUAUCCAACCGCGCGAUACGAAUUUCGGUACCACAUGUAUCUGCCGAGUACCCAAGACCAGGUUGGAAGAAGGCAAAGUGAUCGAGUGCGUACAUUGUGGUUGCCGUGGCUGUGCUAGUGGCGAUUAAGAAAGAAAGAAGAAAAAUAGAAAAACAACAUGGGACGCCUCAACUUCUCCUAUUACCACUACUACUACUACGACUGCCACCACCACCACAACGAUUACUACUACCAUCAUUAUCAUCAUCAUCACAACAAACAGCAUCAUCAUUGUCUCCUUCUUCUUUAUCCGCAGCAGCAGCAGCAGCAGCAGUAGCCGUGACGAGUCGACAUUUGAACGAAAGCCAAAAUGUAUCCAACGUCGUACUAUUUUC